AGUAGUAGAAGUAGUUUACCAGAUAAAAUCCCAUUAAUAUAAUUUGGUGUCUUAUCAACUCGGGAGCUCUCUGGCUCACAAUAAUAGACGUACAAAGUUUGCUUGCUGCUAGAACAGCAAGGAAGGGACUCUCACCAACAAUGGGGGCGGCCAUUUUUAUUGUUGGCAUUUGUUUACAUUGCGCUCACAUGGUUUCCUCUCUCACGUUUUGUCGGGAAUGUUCACGUAUGAGUGUUUUGUAAUGAUAACACGGGUGUGUGUGUGCUCUGUGAGAUGUCAAUGGGCCGAUAGGGCGUGAAGCUGCUGUGAGAGGGAAUGGAAACACAACAAAGUAUAGGGGAACAAAAUGGCGGACGCAGAGGUGUCAUCCCAAAGUGGAGGCUAUGAUGUGGAGCUGUUUGUGGACACACCAGACUACGAUCUCAUCUGCACCAUAUGCCAGGGAGUGCUGCGUUGUCCUGUCAGAGCAGCGUGCCACCACAUUUUCUGCAAGAAGUGCAUUUUACAGUGGCUCAAGAGGCAGGAGACUUGCCCUUGCUGCAGAAAGCCAAUUAACGCAUGCAUGAUCUUUGUCAUGUUCAAAUUGAGCAAGUCAAUCGGACGCAUGAAGAUAAAGUGUAAGAAUGAGAUCCGUGGUUGUGCAGUGACAUUCCCCCUGUCAGAGCAGUACUGCCACAGCAUGAGCUGCUUGUACGAGCUCAUCCCGUGCCCGUACCAAGGCUGUCGCGCUCAGCUCCUCCGCCGCGACCUAGACGCCCACUCGCGUCACUGCGAGCAUUGGCGCCAGCCCUGCCACAUGGGCUGCGGCACCGUGCUCUCCCACCGCACUCGGGCUCAGCACAACUGCUACAUGCAGCUGAAGCAGCAGUAUGAGGCCAGGCGCAGGAACCACGGGGCCAUCGCCGCCGCUCUGCAGAGGAAGAUGAGGAAGAUGCAGAACACAAUGACCCACAUGAAGCGGCAGAUAGGGUUGAUAUGUGAGAGCCUGGAGGUGAUGGAUGACCUAAACAAGGUGGAAGAGGACCUGGGUGAGGGCAGCUCCAGCUCCACUGGGACGUCUAGCAGCGACAGCAACACCUGAGAGAAGAAUCCAGGCCGCUGUAUUUGUACAUGUGUUCAUUUCAUUGAUGUUGUGUGUUGGGAAAUGCAGGUAUCCUCACAUUAAAUGGAGUGAUUGUGCUGUUUUACAUAUUUAUAUUGUAAAUAUAAUAUAUAUAAUAAAUUACAAAUGGAUUGGUUUAUCUUAAUUUUUGGGCUAACAGAAUUAGUCAAAAAAAUGUCACCUGAUUGACAGUGAAUUAAGCCUUGCAGGGAA